GGAAUAUAAAAGCUCUGCUGCAGGUUCAGACCAGUCAGAACCGGAUCGGAAGAGCAUCAAACUGAGAUCGAGCUGCAUCACAGCACAGACUGCAGAUCUUCAGAUUAAACACAGGCGCAGUUCUUGAAAAUCAGCGGCCACUAGCGUUGUAUUAUAGUUUUGCAACGAAUCUCCCUUUCGAAGUACGACGGUGGCCGCAACAGUAAAAAAAGAUGUCGUCUACUGAGACAGCAGAUAGCAGUGAUACAAGGAACGGUGUUUCUUUGCAAAGUAUACCUUCUCAGAUUUCUGCUCUCUGCUCAGAGGAUCAGGAGGACACAGAGGCCUUCAUCAUGGCCACCGCUGACCAGCUGCUAGAGCUUAUUUUCUGCUGGAUCGAGGAGAGGGAGCACUUCGCAGACAAUCUGAGGAAACUGGCGGAGGAGCUGGAGUCACUCAGAAAAAAAUGCAAUGUCGCUGAAUGUGUUGGCAGCUCAUUAACGGUGUUGGGAGCUGCAAGUUUGAUCGGGGCCGGUGUGGCCACUGUAUUUACGUUUGGAGCUGCUGCUCCACUUAUGGGUUUGGCAUCUACAUGUACAAACAUGGGUACCGUUGUUUCUCAAUGUACUAAAAUCAUUGAGGCCUUAUUAUCCUGCAGCAUCAUGAAGAAGUUGCAGGUUAUAGAAAAGAAGAGCAACGAAAUUGCAAAAAAAAUACAGCAGAUACUGAAGUGUGAGAAGAAGGAAGUAAAUCCCUCAGCAGAACCAGAUGAAUUGGAGCAUCACAUCAUGGCUGAAAUUCUGAGAGCCAUUGCGAGACAGAUUGGUCUAAAUAUUCAAAUCAUCAUUGACUCAAUGAUCAAUGACAAGCUCAAUCACACAGAGUUUCCUCGGGAGAAGACCAGUGAUAUGCAAAGUCGCGGAGCUAGUGGAGGGGGUUCUUCAUCAGCAGGGGUGGGACGACGAUCAGAGGGGCACUUUGGAGAUCGGAUGGGCCCUUUUGACAGCAUCGCUUCCCAGAGAAAAGAGACAUGGCUGAAAAAAUGUGAAAUGCUGAUUUAUUCUUUGGUUCUUUCAUCUGUCGUGAAUCCUUCAGGUGUCUUAAAUAUUAUUCAACAUAAAAGUAAAUGGCAAAUUAAAUUGAGUGAUAAGGUACUUUUUAGAUCAGCUGGAUUUCAAACAACCCUUAUAGGAGGUGUCAUGGUUGUUGGAGGACUUUAUUUAAUGAAAUGUGCACUUCCUGAAAUGAUUGACAACUGGACAAAAAUGAUCAAGGGGAAUCAUGUGACUGAAGCCAGCCAAUCCCUGAGAGACACAGCCGACGAAAUCCAAAACGCCACUUGGACACAGAAGGAACAGAUAAAAACAACCAAAAAAAUCUUUCAAGAGAUUAAACGGAAGCUGCAGAAUACAAAAGAGAUUGAACAGGAGCAGCAGAAUACAAAAGAGAUUGAACAGGAGCAGCAGAAUACAAAAGAGACUGAACAGGAGGAAAGCAGCGAGGAAGAGACAGAGGAUCCUCCUGCAGUGAAUGUGGGGCUGCUCAAUGUUCGUUCAAUCCAAAAAAAUAAGGAAAAAAGAAUCAAGAUCAAAAACAUCAUAACAAAAAAUAACCUGCAUGUCUUUCUGAUGACAGAGACAUGGUUAAAAGAUAACACUGCAUGUGAAUGCCUUGAAGAAGCUUCGCCGCCAGAGUUCUUUUACGAGUACACGUGCAGGGAUGUUGACAAAAGAGGGGGUGGUGUUUCCAUUCAGUUUUCACAGAAGUUGCACUGUCAAAGAAUUCCUUUUGACUCUAGUAUAACAACCUUUGAAUAUGUGGGCACAGCUCUGAGACAUAACAAAUGGGACGAAGAGGUUCUGUUCAUAAACGUGUAUCGACCUGAAAGAAACACUGAGCAGUUCGAAAAAUUCACUGGGGAGUUUCAAACGCUCUUGAAAGAGGCUUGCAAACGCUACGAAAGUAUUAUUGUGGCUGGUGAUUUUAAUGACCGUGCCGAGUAUUAUAACAAGAUGCUUACAAUUAUGUUUAAUAUGAUCCAUUACUCUAGUGGCUUCGUUCAGCAUGUAGAUAAGCCAACACACAAAGCCGGGGGAACCCUGGAUCUGGUUUUGAGCAGAAAUGUUGAAGUCCUUAAACUCAACAUCCGUGAUGAUGAGAUUUCAGAUCAUUACACCAUAUAUUUUAGCAUUAGGCCAACUUUGCCACAGUCCAAAGAUGCAAAAACUAAAGCAAAUCGGUUUAAAAAGGAAUAAUAAUCAUGUAAAUAUGUGCAGUCAUAUUUAAUUAGUGCUUUUCACAAUACACAUUAUUUAAAAAGCAGUAAUUAUGUGGCAAUGUUGCACAAUAUAAUUUUAAUUUAGGUUUGUAACGUCUAGUUGUAGAGACAAAUCUUAUUUCACACAAUUAUUACAUCGUGGUAUGUGUAUUUUUUAGGCGAACAGCGGCACCCGGAAUUUUUAAAAAGCGGUGUAAACAUAUUAACUUCACAAACAUGGAAAACGGCGAUAACGGCAUGUACCUGUUGUUUGCAGUGUUGUGUUCUUUUCUCCGCCUUGAUGAUAUGUAAUACUGAAAGUUGUCAUAGAACAUUUUGUCUCUUAGACCCACUUUUUGCUCUUUAAAUAUGUAUUCUCUCAUAUUUACUCUCCUAUAGCUUUGACUAAAGAACACUAUAUACUAUGUUUGCUGCAUGAAAAUAUUUACCCAAACCUAUUAUAACCUUUUGAGUAGAAAUGCAUGUUUAAGUAUAUUACAUUGCAUAUGAACAUUUUCUUUUGAGAAAAGAAGACAGAGAAUGUUCUUGUUGUAAUAAUGUUUUAUUAUGAUAGAGUAGAAAGGCGAAAAUCAUGUAUUAGGAAGAAUGGCAUCUGUUACCCGAGAGAACAGCAGAUAAGGAGUUGUGUGUUGCAGGCCAAGCAGGGAAGAAUCAGAAGACAUAUAACAAAAAAACAGGUGGCAUUAUAUAGACAAAU